AUGCAGGCUCUGGGUGGACGUAUCGAGCGCUAUGCCAUUGGCGCAAUAAUUGGCGCUGCCGCUGUGCAGGCCAGUCUGUACGAUGUUCCGGGAGGGUACAAGGCAGUCAUGUUCGACCGUUUCUCUGGUGUGCAAAAUAAGGCAUCGGGAGAAGGUACCCACUUCCUUAUUCCCUGGCUGCAACGCGCUAUCCUCUAUGACUGCCGAACCAAGCCAAGGAAUAUCUCCACUACCACUGGCUCGAAGGACUUGCAGAUGGUGACCCUCACAUUGCGCGUUCUCUCACGGCCGGACGUCGAGCACUUGCCCAAGAUUUACCAGAGUCUCGGGCAAGACUACGACGAGCGUGUGCUGCCCUCCAUCGGUAAUGAGGUGUUGAAGAGCAUUGUGGCCCAGUUCGACGCCGCAGAGCUCAUUACGCAGCGUGAGGUUGUGUCUUCGCGGAUCCGCGAGGACUUGUUGCAGCGUGCGGACGAGUUCCACAUUCGGUUGGAGGACGUUUCUAUCACACACUUGACAUUCGGCAAGGAAUUCACCCAAGCCGUCGAGGCGAAGCAGAUUGCUCAGCAGGAUGCGGAGAGGGCAAAGUUCAUUGUCGAGAAGGCGGAGCAGGAGAGGCAGGCAGCGGUCAUCCGUGCCGAGGGAGAGGCCGAGGCUGCCACGACCAUCUCGAAGGCGCUGGAGAAGUACGGGGAAGCAUUCGUGACGUUGAGGAAGAUCGAGGCGGCGAAGGCUAUUGUUGCAUCCUUGUCCACGAACAAGAACGUGACAUAUAUCCCGAGUUCGGGAGGAAGUGGUGUCCUAUUAAACCGGGCGUUGCCGAGCAUCCGGGAGAGCGGGAUAUUGGAUUGGAGGCUGUCUUCAGUCGACCACGUACUGACCACCGUCUCGUUUGUUCGUCCCGGUCUCUGUUCCUCCUCUUCCUCUCUCUCCCUUUCUCUCUCCUCUCUCCAUUCCUCUCGACUCGCCUCGCUCCGUAAAUUCCCUCAAUCUCGGUUUUAUCUCAAGACUUCUGUAUCAUCAAACAUGAAUAUGGGCAUGGGUGGUCCUGCUGAGGCGCCGCGGCGCGCUCACUUGUAUGUCGGAAACCUGAGCCCUCGGGUGACCGAGUACAUGCUCACGGAGAUCUUUGCCGUGGCUGGCCAUGUGCAGCACGUCAAAAUUAUUCCCGAUCGUAACUACCAGCACGGCGGUCUCAACUACGGCUUCGUGGAGUACAUGGACAUGCGCGCCGCGGAGACCGCCCUCCAGACGUUGAACGGCCGCAAGAUCUUCGAUACCGAAAUCCGCGUGAACUGGGCCUACCAAGGUACACAAAAUAAGGAGGACACGACAAACCACUUCCACGUCUUCGUCGGUGACCUGUCCCCCGAAGUUAACGACGAUGUCCUGGCAAAGGCCUUCAGCGCCUUCGGCACGCUUUCGGACGCGCGCGUCAUGUGGGACAUGAACUCGGGCAAAUCCCGCGGCUACGGUUUCCUCGCCUUCCGCGACAAGACCGACGCCGAGCAGGCCAUCGCGACCAUGAACGGCGAAUGGCUCGGCUCGCGCGCCAUCCGCGUCAACUGGGCCAACCAGAAGACGCAGGGCGCUCCCCCGGCUGGUGGUAUGGGCAGCGGCCCGAGCAUGAGUGGCGGCAUGGGUGGCGGACCGGCGCCGAUGAGCUUCUCUGGCGGACCGAUGACCUACGAGUCCGUCGUGCAACAGACGCCCGCGUACAACACGACCGUCUACGUGGGCAACCUCGUGCCCUUCUGCACGCAGGCGGACUUGAUCCCGCUCUUCCAGUCCAUCGGCUACCUGUCCGAAGUUCGCAUGCAGGCUGAUCGUGGCUUCGCCUUUGUCAAGCUUGACACGCACGAACACGCUGCGAUGGCUAUUGUUCAGCUUCAGGGCCAGAUGGUGCAUGGCCGCCCCAUCAAGUGCAGUUGGGGCAAGGACAGGGAUACCGGUGCGGCUGUCACAUCACCCAUCAGCCCCGUUGCAUCCUCGCCUUACGGUACCAUGCCCAUGUACGGAAUGCCCGCUGCCAACACGUACGGUCAGUAUGGAUAUGCUGGCUACGGUGCAGGCGCAACGGGUGCUGCACCCGGUAUGCCGCAAGCUGCGCCUGCAGAGGCAGGUGCUGACGCGUCCGCCGCUGGCGCGGCGAACCCCUGGGCCAACGUGGACCCAGCGUACUACCAGCAGUACUGGAACUACUACCAGCAGCAAGCUGCUGCUGCCGGCCAGCAGAUGCCUCCUCAGGCGUAA